GCUUCUCAGGUCUUACAGGCGAGACGGAAACUGCGGUACUGAACGGAAACUACGGUACAGGACCGAAACUGCGGUACAGGACGGAAACUGCGGUACUGGACGGAAACUGCGGUUGAACUUUUUUUAAGACAUGGAGGAGAUUCUUAUUCUACAGAUGGGAGGAACCAUCGAUAAGGACUACCCGAAGGCAAGUAGCGGGUAUAGUUUCGAGGUCGGGGAGCCAGCGGUGAGGCGGGUGUUGGCUCGACUACGUCCCUCCAGAUCGAUCCUCGUCAAGUUAGAGACCAUCUGCAGGAAAGAUAGCCAAGACCUUACUGACGAUGAUAGAACGUCACUGGUGGAGAGAGUGUGUGAAUCAACCCAAGGGAAGGUGGUAGUAACACACGGUACGGACACCCUUCUCCACACCUCCACUUUUCUAGCCAACGCCCUCAGACAACAAGGGAUUAACAACAAGACCAUUGUGUUCACCGGUGCCCACACUCCUGAGAAGUUUAGAGACACAGAUGCGGACUUCAACGUAGGUGUGGCCCUGGGUGGUGUGCAGGCUGCCGCUCCCGGGGUCUGGGUGGCCAUGAACGGCAUCCUCCUUUACUGGGAUCGUGUAGAACGUGACGAUACUGGACAAUUUGUUCCUCGUCGCCGACAACUUCCAGUCACCGUCUAAUUUAUUUAUUUUUUACAAUAUCAUCGUUUGUGUUCGUAGAAAUUAUAUAUCCAGUCGCCAGUCACUGUAUAAAUGCAGACAAUAUAAUGGGCUACGUAGUUUAUAGCUUUCGUCAAUGUCUAACUAACCACUAUCACUGUUUAUCAACUCUCCCGCAGUAACCGUCUGUAAAAAUGAGUCCAAAUCACUAUCCUUUCCCUCUGGUUGACAGUUUCUGCUCCAGAGUUAUCAACCAGAUUGCAGUGUGGUGACGAAGGGAUAACAACCACAAACUGAUUCUUCACAUACGCCUAGAAUCAAUGAUCUUACACGAUGUAGAAUCAUAAAACAGAAGCAUUGUAAUUUUCCACCAAGAUGCUUGAUCACAGCAUUGACUCACGUGUGUAUUAAUAUAAAACUGUCUUCGAUUUUUGUUUCAGUAUACUAAUCAAGUUUUGACGGUACAGCCUGGUCGUAUGCUCGAAAGUUUAAAUUAAUAUUAAAUGCCAUAUGAACAAAGUAGUGCGUGUUCAUAUUUUCAUCAUAUCUGGAGGCUAAAGUAAAGUUUCAUUACAAUAAACAGCAAAGUUCCAUCAUAACAACACUAUCUUGGGGCCGCUGGUUAAGUCUGUUCUCACACGUCGUAGAAUGAAAAUGUAUCCAGAGAUCUUUAAAAAAAAAAACUGUGUAUUGUCGUGAUCUCUCCUGUAAGAGUGAACGGGAAGCUUGAUAUAGAGUUUAAUGCUUUGUUAAAAUAAAGGAACUAUUUUUUAA